AUGGCUCCUUAUGAGGCACUGUAUGGCAGGAGAUGUAGGUCACCCAUUUGUUGGGAUGAUGUGGAAGGACGUAAAUUGUUAGGGCCAGAGAUUGUGCAGUUGACAGUAGAGAAAGUUUGUCUAAUCAGAGAUCCCCCCACUAAAGGAGUUAUUCAUUUUGGUGUGAGAGGGAAGCUCAGCCCUCGGUUUAUUGGUCUGUUUGAGAUCUUAGAACGUAUUGGUGAGGUGGCAUAUCGGCUUGCAUUACCACCUUCACUAUCUCGAGUUCAUGAUGUGUUCCAUGUUUCUAUGCUGAAGAAGUUCAUUCCGAAUCCUGACCAUGUGAUACAAUUCUCUGACUUUGACCUUAACAAUGAUUUGACGUAUGAGGAGCGACCUAUAAAGAUCGUGGAUUUGAAGAAGCAAACUCUGAGAAUGAGGGUCAUUCCUUAUGUCAAGGUUCAAUGGAUCAAUCACACAGAGCAUGAAGCUACUUGGGAAUUAGAGUCAAAGAUGCGAGAGAAAUACUCAUAUCUGUUCUGA